AUGGAAGGGCCGAGCCGGCGUGUGCGCGUGAGCUGUCUCUUCCUCCUGGCUCUCCUGGGGUCCACCCGGAGCGAGGACGCGCUGAGCUGCGAGGAAGUUGGGAAACUUUUCCAGUGGCGGCUCGCGGGGGCUGUCAAGGGGCUGCCGGAGUCGCCACGGGCAGGAACUGAUCUUCAGGUUUGCAUAUCCAAAAACCCCACGUGUUGUACCAAGAGAAUGGAGGAGCGCUAUCAAAUCGCAGCUCGCCAGGAUACGCGGCAGGUGCUUCAGACAGCCAGCUCCACCUUAAAGCUUCUCAUAUCUCGAAAUGCAGCUGCCUUUCAAGAAACGCUGGAGACGCUCAUCAAGCAGGCGGAGAACUACACGAGUGUGCUUUUCUGCAACACCUACCGGAACAUGGCCCUGGAAGCCGCGGCUUCGGUGCAGAGGUUCUUCGCCGACGCCGCGCUCUUCUUAUUCGGGGCGGACGUUCACCCCGACGAAUUUGUAAACCGAUUCUUCGACAGUCUCUUCCCCCUGGUCUACAACCACCUGAUCAGCCCCGGGGUGACAGGCGGGUCCGGGGAGUACGCGGAGUGCGUGCGCGCAGCGCGCAGGGAGCUCCGGCCUUUUGGAGACGUUCCCCGCAGGGUGAUGGGACAGAUGGCGAGGUCCCUGCUGGCCAGCCGCACCUUCCUGCAGGCCCUCAACCUGGGCAUCGAGGUCAUCAACACCACCGACCACCUGCCCUUCUCCAAGGAGUGCACCAGGGCGCUCCUGCGCAUGCGCUACUGCCCGCACUGCCAGGGCCUGGCCCUCAGCAAGCCUUGCGGGGGCUACUGCCUCAACGUGGCCAGGGGCUGCCUGGCACACACGGCCGAGCUCAGCCCGCACUGGCACGCCUACAUCCGCUCGCUGGAAGAGCUCUCGGAGGCCAUGCACGGAGCCAACGACGUGGAGCCCGUGCUCCUGAACCUGCACUUGCUGGUGAACGAGGCUGUGAUGCAGGCCCACCUCAAUGGGCACAGGCUCUCUGAACAGGUAAAUAAGAUUUGUGGGCAUCCUGUCAGACCACCAACACAAAGCCCCCGUUGUUCUUUCGAUUGGAACAAAGAAAAGCAUGGAAUGAAGACUUCUCUGAGAAAUGGGGAAGAGACACUUGCCAACAGAAGAAAGGAAUUUAUCAACAGCCUUCGACUGUUCAGGACAUUCUACGGAGGCCUGGCGGACCAGCUUUGUGUGAAUGAGUUCGCUGCUGCUGAUGGGCUACCCUGCUGGAAUGGAGAAGACAUAGUAGCAAGCUAUACCCAGCGUGUGGUUGGAAAUGGAAUCAGGGCGCAGUCUGGAAAUCCUGAAGUGAAAGUCAAAGGGACUGAUCCUGUAAUCAAUCAGAUUAUUGAUAAACUGAAGCAUAUAAUCCAGGAGGAUAAUGGUUAUUUUGCCUCUUCUCUUAAUAUUAAAUUGGAAAAAUGGAUAUAUCACUCUGAGUGGCAGAAGUACUGGCAUGUUGGUGAAGGGGGAGUGGAGUGGAGUCACAUCCGGGACUUAGCAGAAUGA